AUGGCAUCUAGCACUCACCUCCAGAUCUUAAAUGAGAAGCGCGAAAGAUGCAGUUCAAUUGCACGAUCACGAAAACGCAAGUUGCGAUCGUUAUAUGCGGUCGCAACUAAUGAGGAUGGCAUCCCCAACAUCAGUUUUCAGGACCCCGACGCAACGCCCAUCAACGCAGCCGAGUCACGAUUUCUUGAAGGGUGCGACAUCUUGCAAGGACGCAAACUCGACGAACUGAACAUCCCACCGCGACCCAGGCGUCGAUAUGAGAUUCCCCGCCAGCCGACUCCGAGUGGACCAUAUGUCUUGAACGAGAACGCGCCCUCGCAAGUAGUAGCUAAACUGCCAGUCGUCGAUGGACCGAGUGUUGCAAACCAGGCGGCAUCCACGCCAGAACGUAUGGGACCCACGGAGGUGCAGAACAAGACAGUCUUACUUCAGAAGCCCCAGGUCAAUGUGAUUCCUGCCACAGAAGCGAGCAAAACAAGCUUUGGGCCUACCGCAAAAACCAUACACUCACAAUCAGAUCCAGCUAAAGCCGGAAGUUCCAGUGCAAGGCCAAACCAGCUGUCGUCCCACAAGCAGAUUUCUGCUAUCCAAACUCAGCCUCUUGGGCAGGAUGGAUUGCUGAAAGGAAACAAGACGGAUAAUGGCAGUCGUGAUGCGCCACAACCGCUGAAGCCUCAAGAACACCCUCCCCGUACUGCACUAACAAGCCCCGACGCACCCCAGCCAGGACAAUCGAACCUUGAUCGCAGUGACACGGCAUCACGGGAAGGCUCCGAACGUAAAGAGGAUGAGCAGAGCGAAAUGGAAGUGGACGAACCAGUGGAACGAGCGGCUACAGAGGUUGCACCUUUGUUUCUUCACAUUUCACAGCAGGACGCUCGGCCUCUGGAUGUUCUCUCAUCGCCUGGAUCGACAGCGCAGACAGCGACCACCCCGGCCGUUCUUGAUACUUCCACAAACACGAGUCCCGACCACGAUGGUAUGCAGUAUAUGGAGAGGGCUGAGGAUGCUGUUGAAGCUGGGAAACCUCGAGAUAUCAACACGCCGACGCCUCCCAAUCUAGAUGCGGCCGAACAGAAUGGGACAUUUGUAGGUUCUUCGAGGGAAGUUGAGGCGCAGCUUCUUCGUGAUUCUGCAGACGCUGCAAAAACGACGGCUAGUAAAACCACCGACGCGACAAUUUCCGAGUCGCAUGGUAAAGCGUCCGAACCAGUCCUUGCCGAACCUCCGGUACCCCCGGAAACUGAACCGACAGCAGCCGAAGCGGCCGGCUCACUUACGAAGGACGAUGUUGAUACGAUUAUGACUGAAGUUCCCAACCAACCAGCAAGCGAAGAGAGGCCAGACAAGUGCAAGGACCUUGAGACACCAGAGGGUAUGAAGGAACAGUCAAAGCCCCGAAUACCCCAGGCUUCAUCUUCCAUUCCGCAACACGCAGAUCGUGCCGUUACUCGAGUCUCUACUGGUGCUAUCAGACAAAAGUCUGUCUCGGAGAUCCUUUCUGGCGACCAUCCCAAGGGUGUAGCCGCAUCGCGCUCGUCUGAUUCAGAACCCCACAUUCAUGCCCCCAUUACGCCCACAUCACAGUCACCUAGACCUCGGUCUCGAAGCCUCAUUGAGAAGGCAAGAUCCAAAGAUAAAAGCAAGCUCUCCACGGUGGUGUUUGGGAAGCAACCGCGGAAAUCAUCUGAUGGAGCCAAGUCCGUAGUUCAGACUCACCCAACGCCCAGUCAGCAACUCAGCGACGACUACUUUACGCCACUCUUUGUACAAGGAUAUUCGAACGGACAGAAAUGGAUGAAACCGCUGGAACAAAUUCUCCAUCACGCUCAUAAAACCGUUUCGACCCCUGAUUCGUAUACACAAAUACUCGACAACCAAGCCUGCAAAGUUCUACGACGUGUCUACCAACUGCAGCAUGCUGAUAAGUGGUCAUUAAGGCAGCCUAAACGUUGUCCAGAGCCUUCGCGUCAAGAGUCUCACUGGGACGUCGUAUUGAGGGAAAUGAAGUGGAUGAGGACAGAUUUUCGUGAGGAAGGCAAGUGGAAAAGGGCUGUGGCACGCAACCUCGCCUCGGCUUGUGCAGAUUGGGUCGCACUGAAGGAUUACCCCGAGGAGCAAAGGGAGCUGCAAGUCAACGCUGCUUUCCCUCGUUAUCCUCCAAGGCCAACCUGGAUUGAUGGUGAUCUCGAGUGGGACAAGCAUUUCACCGACCCAAAUGACGGGGAGGAGCAAGAUGUGGAGAAUCACCCUAAUCCUCCAGACCUCGUCCCCUCUGCCGGUAUUGACUCACCCCUGGAGCAGGAUGACGAACCCCACGAGAAUAUCCUGGAUACCGUCGCACCCUCAGCCAUUUUCGCAUUGGAGAGCGAUGAUGUGGUAUUUGGUCUUCAUCACUCACCUAAUACCGAUCGACUGCUGGACGAGUUACCUAUGUACGGAUCUCCCCUGAAAGUCCCAAACACGGACAUGACUGCCCUUGGUCGAGAUCCCGAUUCCCGCUGGAAGCGUGACGUAUUGCCAAUCAGCAAGUACGUUGAAGGUCGCAUCGAGUUGGUUUCUAAAGAGCCUCCGCGGAAAAAGUCGCGGUAUCAGUAUGCCCAAGAAGAUGAUGAUGAAGAGGUGCUCUUCAGCCAGCAAUCGAGCACGCCUGCUCCAUUGGAGCCGCAGAAUCCCCAUGUGGCUCUCUUCCAACCAGCAAACAAGGCUAUAAGAGACAGACUGCACGCAGGUCACCAGUUCCGUCCACCUAAUGAGCACACAAUGCCGCUUCAAGCAUUCUACGAGUCGCGGAGUUGCUCUCAAUGGACGGUAAGCGAAGACGACGAGCUCAAAGGCUUGGUUCGUGAAUACUCCUACAACUGGUCUCUCAUAUCAAGUAUGCUCUCCACCAAAUCAUCAUUCACUUCUGGGGCUGAGAGGCGAACACCAUGGGAAUGCUUUGAACGCUGGGUUAUGCUCGAGGGACUACCCCACGACAUGCAGAAGACACAGUACUUUAAGCUAUGGCAGACUCGUAUCGACGCGGCUCAGCAGGUCAUUCGGCAGCAGAACCAAAAUGCCCUUGCGCAGCAAGCACAACAGCAGCAGCAAGCCGGGCCCAACGGUCCCGUCACACCCGUCGUGCGGAGACGCCUAUCUUUGCCACUGAAGGUGGAACGACGCAGGAACCAAAAGCACCUUACAAUGAUAGACGCGAUGCGUAAACUCGCGAAAAAGCGUGAAACCGCUAUCCAGAAGCAGCAACACGCUGCCGGUUUGGCUGCCAUGCGGAAGGCUCAGGAGCAACCCCAACCCAGAACAGGGCCUACGAAGACUCCGCGCGAAUAUAGCAUCAUGCGCUGGGAGCGGGAUCAAGCGAUGGCCGAGAGGUUGGCAGAGAGGAUGGCACAACAACAGCAACGCGCCGAAGCACAGCGCAGAGUACGACCUACCGCUGACAGUUCGUCGAGCAAUGCUAACUCUAAAGCGCAGGCCACGAUGCAAGCCAGAGCGCAGCAGGGUCACACUUCGCAACUGGCCGCGGGGCAGAACGCGCAGAUGCCGCAAAAUCCAGCGCAGAUAGGUGCUACUCAUCCUCUCGCCAAUAUGGCUCGUGCUGGCGUGCCCAAUCAGAUGGCAGUCAACGGUCAAGCUCGGCCUAGGAUGCCAGGACAAGCAGCCCCCAAUGGCAAUAUGGCCCAGGGACACAUUGCCGGUACUCUUGUACCGCCUAUGCAGAUGAACGGGAAUGGACAAGUGCAGAUGCCCGUCGUCAACGGCCAAAACCGCGUGUCAAUACUUACACAACCAGACCUCGGUCUAGUUUUGCAGGCCCAACGUAUCUCGGAACAGCAGCGUCACGCAGUGCAGAUGCGGCAAGCUCAACAGCAAACCCAUGGCAUGCAACAAGCCAACGCAACUCUACAAAACUCGCCACCAGCUAUGCGAGCCGCUAUGGCGAACGGUGUCAACCAGAAGAACUACAUGAGUAACAAUGCGCACGCCAUGAUUGCAUCCUUCAGCAACGGAAACGGUUCGGGAAUGUCGACGCCUCCGGCGUCGGGUCUGAAUAUGCCGGCUGGUCAGUCAGGAUCCCCGCGACCGCCUGCUGCCAUGCCCCAGCAGAUCCAUCAGACCUAUGUCUCACAACUUCAACACAUUGAGAGUCAGAUCCGGCAGUCAAAUCCUAACACACCUCAAGACAUGGUGCGGGAAAUGGCAAAACAAUUGCUGCAGAACCGCCACAACAAUCUCGCACAGUCGGCGAUGAAUGCCGCUGCGGGCUCACCAGGGCAGACGGCAAUUGCUAACGGCCCUCAUCAAUAUGCUCAGCUGCUGAGGGCGCAGCAACAGGCCCAGGCCGCUCAAGCUCAGCAGCAAGUAGCGCAGCAUCAGCGAAACUCUAGUGGUAGUGCCACCCCGCCUGUUCCUAGUGUGCCAAAGUAA